CACUCGAAGCGAGUAAUGAGAUCUACAUUUUUCAUAUUUUAAAUCUCUUGCUUCUUGGAACAACAAUGAUUGCUUUUAAUUUACUUAAAUAUUUUACCGUGCUCAUAGUUUCAUUCGAUCUUUCGAUCUGUUACGCGUGGAACAGUGGUUUGCGAGAAAAGUACGAUGGAUACGGCGAAGAUUGGAUUUUUAUUCCCGAUGGAAACGAUCAACCACAAGUUGCGGUAUUGAAACCUGCGGAAAUAGACGAGCGAGGCAUCCUAGACGAAUCUCAAGUUUCUUACAUCCUUUAUACCAGAUCUGGCCCCGAAAAAGGUAUCCAAUUAUAUACGAAUGAUAGCAAAGGACUUUCUGCGUCUGGUUUUAAUCCAUCUACUCAAACGAAAUUUAUAACACAUGGAUGGAAAUCAAGCGCGAUGAGUACUGGCUUGGUAACAAUGAAAGAAGAAUAUUUAAAACAUUAUGACUAUAAUGUGAUUAUGGUCGAUUGGCAACCAUUGGCCGCGAGUACGUUCUAUCUUGGACCGAUGCGUAACACGGGAAGAGUAGGAAAAGUAGCUGCUGAAUUCAUUGAUUUCUUAGUCAAAGAGACUGGUACCAAUACGGAAAAUAUUCAUUUUCUAGGUCAUUCUCUCGGAGCGCACGUUGCUGGCAACGCGGGACAUUCGGUAACCACCGGUCGUUUAGGAAGAAUAACCGGGCUAGAUCCCGCUUUGCCUGGAAUUCAUUUACUUACAUCGGACGAUAGUCGAUUAGAUCCUACAGACGCGAAAUUUGUCGACAUCAUUCAUUCCUGCGGUGGAGUCUUAGGAUAUUUGCAACCAUUAGGUAGCAUAGAUUUUUACCCAAAUGCUGGAACAGCUGUACAACCCGGAUGUUGUUGCAUACCGGAGGUGAUAGAGGCGUGUAGCCACGGACGAUCGUACAUAUACUUCACCGAGAGUAUUGGUUCUAAAAUCGGAUUUAUGGCCAGCAAAUGUCAAACGUGGGAUCAAUUUAUGCAAGGCAAUUGCGAUCAUUCGCAAGUUGCAUUGAUGGGAGAACAUGUUGAUCAAACGGCCAGGGGCACCUACUUUCUUAGAACUAAGUCCGAAGCCCCGUACGCAGAUUUACCGGAGAUAACUGAUAAUUCGAUUUAG